AUGUCUGAAAUUACAUUAGGUCGUUACUUGUUCGAAAGAUUAAAGCAAGUCGAAGUUCAAACCAUCUUUGGUCUACCAGGUGAUUUCAACUUGUCCCUAUUGGACAAUAUCUACGAAGUCCCAGGUAUGAGAUGGGCUGGUAAUGCCAACGAAUUGAACGCUGCUUACGCUGCUGAUGGUUACGCCAGAUUAAAGGGUAUGUCCUGUAUCAUCACCACCUUCGGUGUCGGUGAAUUGUCUGCUUUGAACGGUAUUGCCGGUUCUUACGCUGAACACGUUGGUGUCUUGCACGUUGUCGGUGUUCCAUCCGUCUCUUCUCAAGCUAAGCAAUUGUUGUUGCACCACACCUUGGGUAACGGUGACUUCACUGUUUUCCACAGAAUGUCCUCCAACAUUUCUGAAACCACUGCUAUGAUCACCGAUAUCAACACUGCCCCAGCUGAAAUCGACAGAUGUAUCAGAACCACUUACGUUUCCCAAAGACCAGUCUACUUGGGUUUGCCAGCUAACUUGGUCGACUUGACUGUCCCAGCUUCUUUGUUGGACACUCCAAUUGAUUUGAGCUUGAAGCCAAAUGACCCAGAAGCCGAAGAAGAAGUCAUCGAAAACGUCUUGCAACUGAUCAAGGAAGCUAAGAACCCAGUUAUCUUGGCUGAUGCUUGUUGUUCCAGACACGAUGCCAAGGCUGAGACCAAGAAGUUGAUCGACUUGACUCAAUUCCCAGCCUUCGUUACCCCAAUGGGUAAGGGUUCCAUUGACGAAAAGCACCCAAGAUUCGGUGGUGUCUACGUCGGUACCCUAUCUUCUCCAGCUGUCAAGGAAGCCGUUGAAUCUGCUGACUUGGUUCUAUCGGUCGGUGCUCUAUUGUCCGAUUUCAACACUGGUUCUUUCUCUUACUCUUACAAGACCAAGAACAUUGUCGAAUUCCACUCUGACUACACCAAGAUCAGAAGCGCUACCUUCCCAGGUGUCCAAAUGAAGUUCGCUUUACAAAAAUUGUUGACUAAGGUUGCCGAUGCUGCUAAGGGUUACAAGCCAGUUCCAGUUCCAUCUGAACCAGAACACAACGAAGCUGUCGCUGACUCCACUCCAUUGAAGCAAGAAUGGGUCUGGACUCAAGUCGGUGAAUUCUUGAGAGAAGGUGAUGUUGUUAUCACUGAAACCGGUACCUCUGCCUUCGGUAUCAACCAAACUCAUUUCCCAAACAACACAUACGGUAUCUCUCAAGUUUUAUGGGGUUCCAUUGGUUUCACCACUGGUGCUACCUUGGGUGCUGCCUUCGCUGCCGAAGAAAUUGAUCCAAAGAAGAGAGUUAUCUUAUUCAUUGGUGACGGUUCUUUGCAAUUGACUGUUCAAGAAAUCUCCACCAUGAUCAGAUGGGGCUUGAAGCCAUACUUGUUCGUAUUGAACAACGACGGUUACACCAUUGAAAGAUUGAUUCACGGUGAAACCGCUCAAUACAACUGUAUCCAAAACUGGCAACACUUGGAAUUAUUGCCAACUUUCGGUGCCAAGGACUACGAAGCUGUCAGAGUUUCCACCACUGGUGAAUGGAACAAGUUGACCACUGACGAAAAGUUCCAAGACAACACCAGAAUCAGAUUGAUCGAAGUUAUGUUGCCAACUAUGGAUGCUCCAUCUAACUUGGUUAAGCAAGCUCAAUUGACUGCUGCUACCAACGCUAAGAACUAA